GGAGCCAUGGCGGGGCCCGCCCUCCGCAGCGCCGCCCUGCUGUUCCUGGUCCUCCCCGUGCUCCUGCAGCCCAGCGUGGCAGAGUCCCUUGCACCCGGAACGCCUGCCCGGAGCCUGCCUGAGAACCUCCUGGACUUCCCUGCCCCGUGGACACCGCAGGCCAGCCACCACCGCCGCCGGGGCCCGGGCAAGAAGGAGCGGGGCCCGGGCACGCCUGGCCGGGCCCAGGAGGGGGCGGGGGGCACCACCUCCAGGCAGGCCUCUAGGCUGCCAGGGGCUGGGGGGCUGCUGCUGGACAAGGACCUGGUCCCGAGGCUGGCCGUGCCCUCCUCGGACAAGGAGCCCAGGUCCCCAGGGUGGGAGAGGGUGAAGAAACGCAGCAGGAAGCACAAGAGACGCCGGGACAGGCCGGAGCCGCACCGAGGCCGCGCCUUGGUCCAAGGCCCCAGCUCCCUGAGGAGGAGGGCGGAUCUCUCUGAAGACCCCUCCCUGGCUGCUGCCCCUGAGGAGUCCUCCACCAGCCUGGCGCCCACCAUGCUCUUCCUAACCACCCUGGAGGCAGCACCUGCCACCGAAGAGUCCCUCAUCCUGCCUGUCACCUCGCUGAGGUCCCAGUCACAGCCCAGGUCUGACGGGGAGGUGAUGCCCACGCUGGACAUGGCCUUGUUCGACUGGACGGAUUAUGAAGACUUAAAACCUGAAGUCUGGCCCUCUACCAAGAAGAAAGAGAAGCACUGGGGUCUGUCCAGAGACAGCAACGGAACAUCGCCAGCCCAAGGGCAGCCCUGUGACCAUCACCAGGACUGCCUGCCAGGGACCUGCUGUGACCUGCGGGAGCAUCUCUGCACCCCCCACAACCGCGGCCUCAACAACAAAUGCUUUGACGACUGCAUGUGUGUGGAAGGGCUGCGCUGCUACGCCAAAUUCCACCGGAACCGCAAGGUCACACGGAGGAAGGGGCGCUGCGUGGAGCCCGAGACCGCCAACGGCGACCAGGGAUCCUUCAUCAAUGUCUAGCGGCCUGGGGGAGGCGCCUCCCCAGUGGCCAGGGGACGGAGUCCGGAGGUUUGGAGAAGCCGGGCAAUUUGUAACUAGCAGUGCGACAUCAAGUGGGGGACCAGAUGGCGAAGGCUGCAGUUGCAGGCUCAGGACACUCAGCCCCAGAGGGGAUCGCUGGGCCCCCUAGCUGCCCCCUCCCAGGUGACAAACCGCGGGCCAUCUGCACCUGCCCAGCCCACCCACGCGACCUGCACCUGCCCAGCCCACCCACGCGGCCGCUCAGCCCACGCAUCCGGCUCUCCGCGAUGGCCACGUCGAGAGUGCCCUCUACUGUCCGUCAGCAGCACUGCAGGCGCCUCGAGUUCACACCGAGGUUUUGGAGAGUGAAACAGACCUAGGACUCCCCAGGCAGGAGAUGAAGCUGGAACUCUCUUCCGUACCAGGCACGGUGCUAAGGGCUCCGUAUGCGUUAUCUCUUGGAAUUAUCACAAUGACCUUGUGAAGCCUGCACGGUCAGCAUCCUGUAGGUGAGGACACGGAGGCUCGCUUGAUUUACUUGGCUUGUCCAGGGUCUCAGAUCAAUGAUCCUCAAGCCUUAACGUAGGUAAGAGCCGCCGGGGUCUAGUUGAAAAGCACAUUCCAGUUCAGUAGAUGGCGUUGGGAGGGAAGGCUCUGAACUGGGCCUGAGCUAUCAAGCUCCAAGGCCCAAGUUCUUGCCCCUUCACAACCUAGAACUUAGUCCAGGUUCUCCCCGGCUUUCUGCAAGAGAGAUGCGCUCCCUGGGAAUUCCUUUCUCUGUGGCUGGAACAACUUGUCUGUUCUCCACCUUCCCGGGACACAGGUGGAUUACCUUUAAAAGCAAGAUGACAUGGACAGUAAGCAUCGGCCUGUGUGUGAGGAUGGCUCUGGGCAAAUUGGCCCCAUAUCUGGUGUUGAUGUUCUGAGACAUGAAGUGUGCAUGGGGACAAUCACGUUGCUCUGAAGUCCCUGUGGUCUUACUCCUCAGCAUGUGGCACGCACUUCCAAGGUGUCCUGAGAGCCUCUACCCCAGCAGUUCUGAAGCAAGCAUGGUGACACACGGGCACCGGUCAUCUGUGUACACCCACCCUGCACACUGUUUAGUGAUCCCCAGGUCACCCUGGAGACCAUCCCUGGGCCCCACCCCAUACUUCUGCAGCAGACCCCAUUGGAAGGUGAAGGUACCUCUGAGAUUGGGGUGCUCCCCAAAGGACCCCAACAGGCGAGGCCCAUGAUGCCCACCAGCAGAUCUGCCUCUGGGGUGGAGACAUCCAUUUAAAUCCCCCCACCUGGCAUGUCACUCCUGGCCAACUGUCUGGCCCAGGGCAAAUCAGGUUGCACAUGACCACACUGUUGGCCAUUCAAACCCCUCCCUGGCCUGGACCAUGGCCCUAGGGUGCCAAGGGCUGUUUACCACUUUGAGAAAAUCAGUUGAGGUCAAGGGUUAGGCACCAAGGAAAGCAGGCAGAUCUAGAAGAAAUCAAAUAUGCCUGUUCUCCUCUCCCUCUUCAAGGUUGAUAGGCAUGGGAAUCCUGGGGGCAGAAGGGAGGGUGGGGAGCUGACAGGGAUCAAAGCUGCUGGUUGGAAAGUGAAUCUGCCAACAGUUUUGUGUCCAAGACCGACAAGCCCCACGCUGGGCGCCUCACACAGCGAGGCUGAUUCUGGAUUGUGCUGGCUCUGUGGGGCAGGAUCCCAAGGGGCGGCUUCUGACAGCAUUGCUAUGGCUGGAGCCAGGGUUGGAAGGCCCAGGACAUCAGCAGUGGAAAACGCAGACGGUCAGGGCAAAGCUGAAAGGCUGCAGAAUCAUCCCUGCCUCCUCCACAGUCCACAGCUGGAAAUCCCAGGCCCUCGUCUUUGCCCUAGAUACCUCCAUUUUGCACUGGGCGGGGGAGAGGGUGGGAAGGUGGAAUCUGUUUAACUCUCAAGUUGGGGAUCCCAAAGCCCCUCAAGUGUUUCAUCCACCUCUCUUCCAGGAAAGUUCUUCCUUGAGUCUACCUUUCUUUUGCUGGUACAGUCGCCAAUUUCCUCUAAUCCAGAACUCAGCAAACUUUUACCGUGAAAGGCCGAAUAAAUAUUUUAGACUUUGCAGACCAUACAGUCUCUGCCGAACUACAGAACGGCCAUAGCUCAAAGCGGCUGUGGACAACAUGCAGAUGAAGCCGCUUGGCCAUGUGCCAGGGGAACUAUUCACAGAAAAAAUUUGAGAGUCAUGUAAUUUUCUGUGUCACAAAAUAUUCUUCCUCUUUUAGAUUUUCUAAAACCACUUAAAAUGUAAUAUAUAUAUAUAUAUAUAUAUAUAUAUAUAUAUAUACACUUCCCUUGCAGACUACCCCAAAACAGGCCUUCGGUCAGACUUGUCCAUCUUCGGUCAGUCCUUGCUCCAAUCUGUCACUUCUUAGCAAACAUUGGAAUAAUCUGGGGAACUUCCAAAGACCUAGGGUCCAGGUGACAAGACUGUUUUGAUAUGGAUUUUUGUUUGUUUUGUUUUUUGCAGUGCUAGGGAUCAGACCCAGGGACAUGCAUAUACUGGGUCACUGCUCCACUCUACUUGGUCGGAGUCGUGGUCUGGGCUUCAUAUUUUUCUAAAGCUCCCCCGGUUCUCUGGGGCACCUCUUCUCUGGGCUCCCAUCUCUUACAGUCCAUGUGAUGAAUAUAGCCUAUUCCACCUCUCACCACCCUGCUGACCUUUGGAAAGUUACUUAAGGUUUCUGUGCCUUGGUUUUUCAUCUGUAAAAUGGGGCCUGGGGCUACAGGUGUGGCUCCAUGGUAGAACAUUUGCCUAGCAUGUGUGAGGCCCUGGGUUCAAUGCCCGGCACUACAAAAAUAGAAAUAAAAUACAACAGGGAUAAUAACUUUCCCUUCAUAGAGCCAUUGUGAAGAAUAAAUGCAUAAUUCUUAUGGGGGAUUUGGAAUCGUGCAGACACACGACAAACCCACAGGGCCACCUGGCAUGUCACUCCUGGCCAACUGUCUGGCCCAGGGCAAAUCAGGUUGCACAUGACCACACUGUUGGCCACUCAAACCCCUGCCUGGCCUGGACCAUGGCCCUAGGGUGCCAAGGGCUGUUUACCACUUUGGGAAAAUCAGUUGAGGUCAAGGGUUAGGCACCAAGGAAAGCAGGCAGAUCUAGAAGAAAUCAAAUAUGCCUGUUCUCCUCUCCCUCUUCAAGGUUGACAGGCAUGGGAAUCCUGGGGGCAGAAGGGAGGGCGGGGGAACGUAGUUCCUAAUCAUAGUUCUGGGAGACUCUUGUUAGUCCUUCUGGUCUCAGUGACUCAUCGCAUACUCAGAGGUGAUUCCUGCCACCAUGCAGACUUCGAAGUGCGUUCAUAGAAUGCUGAGCCGUGUGAUGCUCUGUUAGAAAAAAGGGGUGGGGUUCCAGGAUCAAAGUGUGGAAGAUUGUUCUAGACACAACCCUGAGCAGCAGGCGCGAUUCCAGGAGCUGUGGCAGAGCUGGAGGAGCAAGUGACUUUUCCCAAGUGUAAAAUUGUUCCGUGGGGAGAGCUGAGCAGGGGCCAAGAGGAAGCCGAUAGCUUCUGGGACCACCACCUGAGCCCACCUGCGGAUCCUCCAGCCGAAACCUCGACACCAUUCCCAGAGACCAAGAUCCCCUCCACGACCAGGGGCUGCCUUUCUGUGCUUGGUCUGGUGACUCCAAGGGUGGUUUCUGUGCCUGCCGGGAGUGAGCUGAGGGUCUGAUGACAUGAGAGACAAUCCUCCUGGGAAAGUGACAGCUUCAUUUGCUCCUCGAAAAGUGACUGAGUCACAAGUCAAAUCCCAAAGCCACAACCCCUUCUACCACUGAGAUGCCAGCAGGUGGAUCCUUCCAAGAAGCCAGAACCCACCGACAGGGACACAGUGGGGCCGUGGCCUCACGAUGAGGUUCAACUUUGCAGCUGGAUACACUAGACAUUGAGGUCACCUGCAAGGCACACGUUUAGAAACAACUGGAGCAGCCCAGAAAGUAAGCCACCGAGGACUUCCCAGGGCCGGGCUGGACACCAUCCCGCCAAGAUCAAGUCAUGCUCACAGUCAUGCAGUAGCCAGUGUGUGCAUGUGCCCGGGAGGCUGCGGGCAGGGGUGGGCCGUUGCAGAACCAGGGGUUUCUAUUUCAGGGAGUCCGUUUUCUGGAUUCUAAGGCGGAACAGGUGAUCUGAUGCAGGAUUCCUGGGGCCACUUCCGGCUGCGAGAGGCUGUCUAGUCCUCACCCCUCACCAUGUGGCCUAGGCCUGCUGUAUCACCCAGGAGCCUGGUGGAAGCACAGAACCUCGGGCCCCACCCCUUCUACCUACUGAACCCGAAUCUUGGUAUGUGUGUCCGGGUGACCCAGCCACCUGGCUUUUAACAAGUUCUCCAGGUCAUUCUUGUGCACCAUGAAGUUUGAGAGUCCCAGGUCUGCGAUGCAGGAUGGAAAACAGAGAUGUGGGAUGGCUGGGGACGUUGGGAUGACUCAGGGCAUUGGUAUUCAAACGUGUUCUCAGAGAUCCCGCUUGCUAUACUGCUCAGCCUUGCAGCUCUGAGGCCCCGCCUCCGGGGCUGGCACUGGUCCUGUGUUUAGAGGAAAAUGGGUGGGGCACCUGGGCUUAGGACCCUCAGUCAUAGGGUUUUCUGACUUAGGGAAUUUCCCGGGGAGGGGUUGUGGCUCCUCCUGAAGGUGUGGGAGCAGUGGGGGGGCUGCACUCUUGCAGACCUAGGACGUCAUGUUGCAUGUGUGCUGCGAGCUGUAAAUAAAGGGAUGGUGGCUGAGCUGCCUGGCCUCCUUCUGUUCCUCCAGCAGAUGGUCUGUCUGGGAUGACAGAGCAUCGCCAGGGCCCUUGAAGGGACCCGAAGCCCAGUGUUUCCCCUGCCAUUUCCCGUCCCUCACUCCACACAUUU